CGGUUGCCAGGCAGUGGGCGGGGGAGGAGCGACAGGAAGGCGGAGCUCUGUGUCUUUCAUGCCUGCUAGUCUGAGGAGGUGACGUGGGGCUGAAAGUUCUCUGGCGACGGCCGAACCUGAUUCUGUAUAAUACCAGGGCUCACCGGGAAGCUUCUCACUGUGUCUUGGUACUCGGUCGGGGGGAAGAAAAAUGUCCACCUUGAACUGGGAGCCUUUCGUUUUCGGCGGGCUUGCUUCUGUGACGGCGGAAUGCGGAACCUUUCCUAUCGACCUGGCCAAGACGCGCCUCCAGGUUCAGGGCCAAGUGGGAGACAUCAAGUACCGUGAGAUCCGCUACAGAGGCAUGCUCCAUGCUAUCGUUAGGAUAGUAAGAGAGGAGGGGCCCCGGGCGCUUUACUCGGGCAUUGCCCCCGCCAUGCUGCGCCAGGCCUCUUAUGGGACCAUCAAAAUUGGCACAUACCAGAGUUUUAAGCGACUGCUGGUUGACAGACCAGAAGAUGAAACCUUGUUGACUAAUGUGCUCAGCGGCGUUCUUUCUGGAGUCAUCUCUUCCUCCAUUGCCAACCCCACUGAUGUGCUAAAGAUCCGGAUGCAGGCUCAGGGAAAUGUGAUCCAGGGCAGCAUGAUGGGCAACUUCAUCAAUAUCUACCAGGAGGAGGGGACGAGAGGGUUGUGGAAGGGUGUUUCUCUAACGGCUCAGAGAGCAGCUAUUGUUGUCGGCGUUGAGCUCCCGGUCUAUGAUAUCACCAAGAAGCACCUGAUCCUGUCGGGUUACAUGGGGGACACCGUGUACACACACUUCCUGUCUAGCUUUGUGUGUGGCCUUGCUGGGGCUCUGGCCUCAAAUCCAGUAGAUGUGGUCCGGACGCGCAUGAUGAACCAGAGGGGAGGGGCUCUGUACCAGGGAACACUGGACUGUCUACUGCAGACAUGGCGCUCAGAGGGCUUCAUGGCGCUUUACAAAGGUUUCUUCCCAAACUGGCUCCGCCUGGGACCAUGGAACAUUAUUUUCUUCCUUACUUAUGAGCAGCUGAGGAAGAUCAACGUGUGACUCAAAGAAUGUCAAUGAGAAGAAAGAAAUGAGCUUCUGCCCAAAGACGAGCCGAGGGGACCAAAAUCAGGAAUGUCUGGAACAAGGGUGGGUCCUGACUGGAACCAGCAGGGAAAGCGAGGGGAGGACACAAAUGGAAUCUGAUUUCCAGAGUGACUCCUGGCUCUACGUCUGUUAAAAGCCUGCAGCAAAUGUGAAAAGGACUGUGACAGGAAUACUCACAUGGCUUCUUGUACUCAUCCUGAUGUCACUUUAAGCGUCACAAAACCAACUCAAGCCAACUGCUUUAGAAACUGUGAAAAUGUUCGGUUCUAGUAAGAAACAACACUUUACAUUUCAUUUGGAGGCUGCUGCUUCAGAACCGUCUCUGUUAUGGUGAUGAAAAUGCAUGCAGCAUAUUUUAUUUAAAGCUUAUUCAUAUAAAGUGCUAUGUAAACUGUGUGCCUUAACUUCAUUGGUGGUUCAUGCUGUAUAUGCUUAAGCUGAACUUGGACUUGACUGUUCGAACAUCCGCUGUGAGAAUCGGCACGAUCAUUCCCCUUUUAAAUACAUAGAUAUAGGAUAUUGUGGAUUUUAUAUCUAUAUUUCAAAACUGAGGGCUCAGUGUAUGGAAAGUUGAGGUUAUUUAUUUCUGUAAAGGGCCAAGACCAGAACCUGGUGUACUGUAGGUUUUAUAUAUGUAUAUGGCUCAAAUACCAGAGUGAUUACAUAGACAGGACAUUCAUCACAUGUGCAUGAGUGGUGAGAAAAUAUAUCCUCUGGCAGCUUGGUAAUGCCCAAGUUUGUUUCAUCUGUCACUUAAAAAAGUCAUUGCAUAUGCAGACGAUGUGUAAACUUACAUAUACAUUUCACAGACUUCAAGGUCAGAAUGACUGGGUCAGAUAAGGCAAUUCCUACCACUGCUUCAUUAAAGCAACCGUUCAAUGCCAGUUCACUCAAAAUGUUUUGUACUGUAUUUGCACGCUUACAGCUUUCAUUGGAAUGAAAUUAGUAUGUUCAAGUUGCUGUUACUCCUGCCUAAGUGUAAGCCGGUGUCAUUUUGUAAUACUAUUUGAGUUUAUGUAAAUGCAGCUGUGGACUUGUAUAUUCAAAAUAAAAAGUGUGAAUUAAAA